AUUUCGUCACGGUACGAGUUCAAGUUAAUCGUAAAACUUUUGUGUUCUCGUUGUCGUAAUAUUUUGUGUGGUGUGCUAUUGAAAUAUACAGUGUUUUAUGUAGAUGACGUUAAAAACAGACAUCUCCUAAAUUAAGCGCGUGAUAAGUUAAUAACAGUAAAUAUAGCGAGAAGUCCGUAACAGGAUAGAUGAUUUCGUUCGUGUUACAUCGGGUGCAAGUAGAAAUGUCAGAUGCAUGAAUGAUCGCAGGACCUUGGACUUUUAAUUCUUAAACAGUGUACGACAGAAGGAAAUAUUUGGAUUGCUCUAAGCGAAAAGCUGAUUUUCUAGCGUCCAUUAUUUCUUGAAAAAAUGACGUACCACAUUCCGCGCUCUUACAAGUAAUUGCAAGUUAGACGACGUUCUGACAAUCAUCGGAAAAGUACAACUAAAUAAAAUAAAAAAUGAGUUCCGUCUGGAAACGAUUGCAGCGAGUAAAUAAGAGGGCUGCAAAAUUUCAAUUCACCGUCUCGUACCAUGAAGUCACUCUAGAAACAACAACGAAAUGGAAACCAAACAAAUUAAGCAUUGUGUGGACAAGACGUAGUAGAAGGGUUACUACUGAACCCUUAGAUUGGGAACCAAAUUUAAGUGAUCCACUGAAAGGUACUAUUGGCUGGGCUGUUCCUGACAAUCACACGAUUUCUGUAACGUUGUUUAAAGAUCCACGCACACACGAAUUAGAAGAUAAAGAUUGGACAUUUGUAAUUGAAGAUGUUUCUCCGACGGGUAAAAGGCGGCACGUGGCUGCUACAAAUAUAAAUAUGAAAAAAUAUGCGACCUUAGAAUCCACUCAACAACAACUUAAAUUAGAAUUAAAACCUACAUCCAAGAAAAUUGUUAAAGCUACAUUAGAAUGUACUUUAUCAUGUGUCUUCUUGAGAGAAGGCAAAGCAACGGACGAAGAUAUGCAGAGUAUGGCUAGUUUAAUGUCCGUUAACAAUAACAGCGAUAUUGCUCCCUUAGAUGAUUUUGAUAAUGAAGAUAUACCUGAGGAUGUUGAAGAGGUAUCUGUGAAAAAUCUUGAUGAAAUUUUAGAUAUUUCUGCACAACUUGAUCUAAUGACAAAUAGUCUCACUGAAAGUGAAUUACCUAGCACUCCAAUAAGUGUGGCAAGUUUAUCAAAGGACAAUGUUACGCCUGUAAAUGAUAAUGACCACUUUAUACGUGAUAUUAGUCUAACUGGAAUUAAUGAUUCCUUUAAAGAAAAGUCUCCCCUGAAGGACAAUGUCGCUGCUGAAAAUGAUAGAAACAUUGUACACAGCACGCUAAGAUUACCAUUGCAACCAUUAGAACUAACAAAGAAUGAUACCAGUACACCUAGAUUAAAAGAAAUUACACCAGGCCAGGAUUUAUUGGAAUGGUGUAAGGAUGUAACAAAAGGUUAUUCUGGUGUCAAAGUUACGAAUCUCACAACAUCUUGGAGGAAUGGAAUAGCAUUUUGUGCAAUCAUACAUCAUUUUAGACCAGAUCUUAUAGACAUAGAUUCAUUAUUAUCGCACGAUGUAAAAGGUAAUUGUAAGAAAGCAUUUGAUGCAGGAGAAGCCCUUGGCAUACCUAGAGUGAUAGAACCAGCAGAUAUGGAUAUAUUAACUGUACCUGACAAAUUAGCUGUGAUGACAUAUUUAUAUCAGCUGAGAGCACAUUUCACUGGCCAUGAAUUAGAGGUACACCAGAUAGGUAAAACUACGGAUGAAUCUUCUUAUAUGAUUGGUAGAUUUAAUACAGACAAUAAUUCGGAUGUGAGUGUACAAUUGUUUGGUCAGGAAAUAAUUAAUUUACACAAGAAAGACCAAAUGGAGCAUAAAAAUAAUAAAAUAGACAACAGACGAUCGAACCCAUUCGAUAACAAAAAAGAGGAUAUUAAUAUUGAUUCUGUAAAAAAUAGAUUACAUUUAAGUUUGAACAUAGAGAAUCAGGAUCAUGAUCAAUGCAAUAAAGAUAAAUCACCAUCCAGUGUUAAAGAUGUAAAGGACAUUAUAUUAGCCAGCUCAAAGAGUAUUCUAGAAAAAGUGUUAUCGCCAACUAAAGAAAAAUAUUUAUCUAGGGAAAAGAGCAAAUCUCCACCGAGAGUACCACAAGUACAACGUCCUAUAUUAAUGACUCGUCGACAAUUAACAGAUCCAUUUGGAUCUGACGAGGAAGAGGAAAAUAUUCAAAUAAUCGACGAGAAAUGGUCUCAGUCAAUCUCAAUUAACAAAUUACAAACGCCAGUUCGUGAUGAUUCAUUAAAUACAACUGAGAAGGGAAUUCGUGAUAGUACUGAAUGUCAAAGUGUGUCAUCACCGCACGGCGAGCAACGUUCUCAACAUCCAUUAGUCAGUCGGCAUGAUGAAUUAAGAGAACGUGCAAGACAACUCUUAGAACAGGCCAGGAAUCAGACAAAGUCAGCUGGCCUUGUUUCUGCCGCCGCUAGUCCUAUCGAGAGUCAAAACGAUGACGAAAGGCAACAGCAGUUACGCGAAAGAGCGAGGCGUUUAAUAGCGGAAGUAAAAAUGGGUGUUAAUGUUACUUCGAAUCAAAUAAACGACGACAAUAAUAGUGACAGGCGAUCGAUAGAUGAUCAGAAUAAUAGCCCGAGACGUAGCAUGACGCCGUCUACACCCGGUGAUAGAUUUAGUACAAAGUCUGAAUAUAAUGGAAAUAUAUUGGGAACUCCAAGUGUAAUAGAUGGUGAAAAAAAGACUGGUUCCCCUCUCUAUUCAUUUUCUAAGAUAAUAGAGAGAAUUUCACCAGAUAAAACUAGUCCUGAUGGUACCUCGUAUACUCUCAGAGGGUUGGGGAAGGAUAUGACAGCAUAUAUUCAAAACGAAUUAGAAGCAUUAGAACGAGAGCAGACCCAAAUAGAUAUUCAAGCUGGUAAACUUGAGAAACAACUUCGAACUGCUAUGGAAAGUGACAACGAAGAUGAAACUGAAAGACUGAUGUCUCUGUGGUUUACCCUCGUGAAUAAAAAAAAUGCACUUCUCAGAAGGCAAAUGCAAUUGAAUAUAUUGGAAAAGGAAGACGACUUAGAACGUCGGUUUGAACUUUUAAAUCGCGAAUUAAGAAGCAUACUUGCAGUAGAAGAUUGGAGGAAAACUGCUGAACAAAAAAUGCGAGAGAACUUACUUUUAGAAGAAUUAGUUUCUAUCGUAAACAAAAGAGACGAGUUAGUCCAUCAUCUUGAUACACAAGAAAGAGCUAUUGAAGAUGAUGACGAAAUAGAACGUGAUUUAUCUAGAGCUGGAUUAGCUCAACGAAAUAAAAAUUGCGUGGUACAAUGAAAAUUUAAUUCUCGACCCUCCUUGUUACAGUAGUAAAUUACAGCAAUUAUAGGUAUGGCUCAUUUUGCUGUGGAGUCGCCAAAGAAAAUACAAAAUUUUCCUUGACAAUGAAGUCAGGACUUUCAUAAUCUGGGAGAUACUAAUAUUUAGAAAUUUAUUUUGUACUAUGAAUGAUAUACCAGUUGUGCGAUCAGUGUUCCAUGUUUAUACAAAUUCAUUAUUAAGAAUUGUAUUGAUACACUUUCACUCCUCGUACUGGAGCUAAAUCGAAAUUGAGAUCUGUUUCAUCAAAGGGAAAUAUCAUAAUUAAAAUCUGUUCUAGCGUUGUGAACGUUGUGAAAAGUUACUUUAGGAAAAAUCAAUUUCAAUUUAUAGCAAUACGAAGUGACUAAAAAUAACGGAGCAGAACAGCCAUUAUUCCAUUAAAACAUCAUAAAACAACUAAUUAACAAUUCUUUUGCGCAUUAAUAAAUACAUGAUUAUGGAAGCUUUCUAAUUUAAAUAAGGUGCUGAAAUCUCUAUAUAAAUUUAAAAAAAAACUAUACAAGGGAAGUGUUGCGAUAUAUAGUAUAUCACUUUUAUAGUUCUCGAUUAUUAUGCAUUAUAUUCAUGACAUAAAACGCGUAUAAAUUGGAUGUACUUAAAAAAUCAUAGAUCACUUGUAGGAAAAAAAUUAACUAUGUCAAAGUAGCGUAGAGAGAAUAUUUCGAUCCAAUAAGUCGAUAAACUUCGGCGAUGAGAUUUAAUGAAGCAUAGUAUUCAUUUUGUCAUCUACAAUAUAAAAAAACUACUGUUCAUAAACCAUAUUUAUUUUGAUUGUGCCAUAUAUAAAUAUCCUAAUUUUUUAGGACAAUUAUUAUACUCAUUUACUCCUUUGUAAAAUACUUGCCAUUUUAGAAAGGUGAUAUAAUAUGCAAUUUUGUCCUAUGGUGUACUGAUUAUUUAUUAUUGAGUUUGAUGUUAAUGUGCUUAAGGCCUAAUCCAUUUCGGAUAUUCUUAGACAUGUAUAAAAGUUUGCCACAUGAUUUCUUUUCAAAGUAACAAAGAAAUUAAUCUGUUUGUAUAAAUUAAUAUCGUUUAGUGAUAUAUAUGGAAAACAAUUAUUCCAGAGGCGAAUUUCGAUACAAAGAUAAAUCAACAAAUAAUAACAAUUUACUUAGAAGAUUGAACAAAAAUAUGAAGAAUUAUAUACAUGUAUUAUACUUUUCAUAUUAUUUAUGUAUAUCACCUCAAUCGGUAGUUUUAUUUUAUAAUACAUUAUUUUAAUAAUUUGUUGAUUUAUUCACACAAAUUUUAGAGAAAAAAAAACAAAACAUUUUAAUAAUGCGACACAAGUUAUAUUACCGAAAUGUGAUUUCAAAACAUUAAACGAAACAUAGGUUAAAUAUUAGUCUUUCUGAAAUUUACUCCUACUAUAUUUUUAGAUAAAUUACAUUGUUUCAAGUGUUUUAGUUAUUUUAUUCUACUCGUUUGUCUUUGAACAUUGUCGUUGACAUAGUGUUCUAAAUGUUAAGACAAACCGUGAAUGAGUAAUUGUGGGAUGACUUAGGAAUAAGUAUGCAGUGUAAAAUUUGCACGAUUUUUUUUGUAAAAUAAAAUGUUCUUUUUCCUUUGAACGGUGUAAA